CCAAAACACCCCCUUGAGGAAAGUAUGACGCCAGCCGAUGAAACUAAGCUUAUCGCUAGAACCGCAACAGAAAGCAAAGCGGGAACUUCCGGAAGUAGAAUUAGAAACAAGAACAGAAAGAAGAACAGUAAAAAGAGUGAAGAAUGCUCCUCAUCAGAAAACAUAGAUAGCACAGGUUCUCCUGUUGAAACUCAGACGAACUUGAGGGGAACAAUUGGUGUUGCGAAAUCAGCAAAGGUUGAGAGUAAAAGAAAAUCCCCGCCGAUCAAAGCUUUAUUCAAAGAGCUGGAAAAACUUCUUCGAUUUGUCAACCCAAUCACUUUGAACGGGUUGCCAGUGAAAAACUUAACACGCGAGCCAAUACCAUUCCUGAAAAACGUUAUUGAGGAUGAAACUAAUAAGGAUGAAAUAUUCAUGACUUUUUUAAUGAAACCAAGUGAUCCAGAUUUCCCUUUCGAUUUGGGUAUUUUGAGUGUGACCUUGUGUAUCCCCCAGUCAUACCCAAAUAAAUUACCGUCACCAACAAUUAUGGUUUUGAAUGACGAUAUACCGAGAGGAUACGGCUUGAACAUCGAGUUUGGUUUUAAACAAAUUGUUUCCACUGUUUUGGAAAACAGGCGUAGCAAAAAACAAGGUAAGUGGAGUGUCAAAGGUAAGGGAAGUGGCAAAGGAGGGAAUACCCCAGAGGAGGAUGAAAAGGAUGAAGGCAGAACUACUGAGGGGCUGCUCAAUAUAGAAGUAGUUGGAGGGAAUGAUCUUACGGGAAUGAUCAAAACUCUUGAUAAAUAUCUAGAGAAAUUUCUUUCGAUGGAAAAAAAAGAUACUAUCAAACUGGUAAAGGUAAUGAAUAGUAAGAAAGAUAGCGAGGAUAAAAAACUGAAAGAGAAAACAGAUGACGGAAAGGCAGCAAAUUAUGAGAGCGGAAUGAAUUCUACUACACCAUCCCCAAGAAUUGAACGGUAUAGAGAGCGUACAGAAGAAUUAGAACAACUUAGACAAAGACUAAGAGACAACUCUGUUACUGUACUUACCAACAAUGUGCAUGGUACCACUUACAAAUUUGUUUUAUAUUUCAAAAGUGAUGAUUUGACAGUAGAGUUUGGCGAGUCAGACGAAGUUACAAUUGAAAAACUAUUUAUUAAGCUUUUUGUUCCAAAAGAAUACCUGUAUCACCCAAAAAAAGGAAUCAAACUUUCCAUAGAUAUGUCUAAUAACUAUAACAUCGGACUCGUUAACUCCAUAAAGGACACCAAUUCCCGCCUCAUAUUUGGAAAGCUUAUAAAUAAUAUCGGCAAAAAUUAUGAUCUUUUUGCUCAGGACAUUUGCCAAAUAAACUGCCAGAAUCCUUCCCGGGAUUCACUGCUUUUUUGGACCAUCACAAGUCAGCUAAAUUUCUUCGUGCAUAACAUUCAAAAAUUCAUGAGUGAGAGAGUAGAUUUUCAGAACUGGUAUGAGGCCAACAAAACGAUGAAUUUUGAAGCUUCUUCCGAGCCGAAUAUGUAAUAUCCGUAGUUUCGAGAACUAUAAAUUUUUAGACGAGAUUUUUUUUACCGGUACGCGUAAUAUUUGUCUCACCAUUGAAACAUGACAGCUAAGGGGU